AUGUCCAAGGACUCCACCAUUGAAGAGGCCAAGCAGUCGCUGGUCCAGCGCUUUCGCGCCUGGGGUGAAAACUCCUUCCCACCAACCGUCCUUGCUUCCCUCAUCUUUGCGCAACAUGCGCGGCCCUACCAAUUCUUCCCUAUGCUCUUCCCGCCGGUCCUUCUUUUCACUAGCUAUGCAAACCUUUCAGGGUUCAAGACAGAGAGUGCCGGAAUUGGCGCAGCAUGGUCUGGCCUGUACCUGCUACUCGCGAGCCGACGGAAACAGCCCAUCACAAAGAAGUUCGGAACUCGCGGUAUCGUGCGUGGAGCCACCAUGGGUCUUUGCUUGGUCAACAUGAUCGCAGGAGGACUGGCGUACACCCUUGGAAAGCAGGAUCAGGAGGAAGAGUCCUCAAAGUGA